AUGUUUCGCAAUAAGCCUUCUUCCCUCUCGUUGACUAUAUUUCUGCUUGUGUUCAUCGGAAUCUUCCUUGUGAUUUCAUCUUUAGAAUUCGGAUCCGAAUCAUCAUCAAGGAGUAAUUUCCUUGUUAAAGCCUCAAGCAAGGCGGAAGAUGUUACAGUAACAACCUCUGCAGAUGAGGAACCAACUUUUGAUGAAACCUCAUCCUCUUCUUCCUCAUUUGGAAAAUUACAAGAGGAAGUAACAACAUAUACAGCUCCAUCCGUUCCAAAUCAUGAUGUAUUGUUUUUUGAUAAUUUUAAUGAAGAGCCUUUUGGAUCAGGCCGAUGGGUGAAGAGUAAAGAUUCCAAAUACGUCAAUCAACCAGUCGAGUGGACUGGAGCAACCGGAAAGGUUGUUGCUUUUGCUGGAGAUAAAGGCUUGUUAAUGAAGCAAGCUGGACAACACUAUGGUGUUGCAUCAAGAAUUACUCCUCCUAUUGAUAAUGAGAAUAAGGAUUUAAUUGUUCAAUAUGAAGUUAAAUUUGAUAGCAAAUUGUCGUGUGGAGGUGCUUAUAUUAAAUUAUUGGAUGAUUCCAAGAUUACAAGUUUGGAACAAUUAAACAAUGACUCUCCAUAUAUUAUCAUGUUUGGGCCUGAUUUGUGUGGUGCCAAUAAUAAGGUUCAUUUCAUUUUAAGACAUUUUAAUCCAAAGAGUAAUACUUGGGAGGAGAAACAUUUGAAGGAUGCUCCAGCUAUUAAGAAUGACGAGUUGUCUCAUCUCUACACACUUAUUGUCAGGAAGGAUAAUACUUUUGAAAUCAAGAUUGACGGUGAGACUGCAAGAAAGGGUUCCUUGUUCGAAGAAUUUGACCCAUCCAUUGUGCCACCAAAAGAAAUUGAUGACCCUACUGAUUCAAAACCAAAAGAUUGGGUCGAUGAAGAGUUCAUGGAUGAUCCUGAAGCCAAAAAGCCAGAAGAUUGGGAUGAAACACUUCCAGAAUUUAUUCCAGAUCCUGAGGAUAAGAUGCCAAAAGAUUGGUUACCAAAUGAACCAGAAUACAUUCCAGAUCCAGAGGCAAGAAAACCAUCAGAAUGGGAUGAAGACGAGGACGGCAAGUGGGAAGCACCAACCAUUAGAAACCCCAAGUGUGAGCAACACGGCUGUGGAAAAUGGGAACCUCGUCUCAUUAAGAAUCCAAACUACAAAGGUAAAUGGGUUCCUCCAAAGGUUAAAAAUCCUCUCUACAAGGGUCCAUGGAGUCCAAGAAAGAUCCCUAAUCCAAACUACUUUGAAGACAAACAACCAUCGAAUUUAUCUCAAAAGAUUGGAGCAGUUUUUAUUGAAAUUUGGACCAUGCAACAAAAUACCUUCUUUGACAACUUCUUAAUGACACAUAAUGAAAAUGUGGCUCAGGAAUAUGCCACAAAAACAUGGAAGAAGAAGUUUGAAAUUGAAAAGGAGAAAAAGUCGAAACUUGUAGAAAACACUGAGUCAAGCUCGUCAUGGAGCGGUAUCACUCAACAAGUGAUUGAAAAAGCACAGGAACUUGUUAAGGAUUAUCCUAUUCCAGUCAUUGCAGGUACUAUUGUGGUUAUUUUACUUUCUACAAUUCCAUUCUGUUUGCUCAUGAGAGGAGAUGACGAUGAGGACAAGGUGACAAAAAUCACUAAACCCAAUGUAACCUCUGGUGAAGACAAGCAAGGCGACAAGGAUGUCACAACAACAGCUGGUGAUGAAAAGGAAGAGGCUGACCCCAAUUUGAGAAACUAA